AUGAAACUAACGAGUGUUUUUUAUCCAAAAAGAUAUAAUCAAUAUAUAUUGAGUGAAUAUUCUUUGAUUGAAUUAUGCUGCUAUCACGGUUCAGUUCGCUGCUUUAAAUAUUUAUUAUCAGAAUUCAAGUCAGAAAUAACUCAUUUUUCCCUCGAAUUAUCUUUUUUGAGUGGAAAACCUGACAUUAUUAACGAAUGCUUAAAAUAUCAAGAACCAAAUUAUGAAUCUAUGAAAUAUGCAAUUAUUUCACACAACAUCGAUUUUGUUUGUUUUCUGAUGAAUGAAUACCAUUUAAGUAUCAUUGAUGAUUUGUGCCUUAAGUUCAAUAAUAUUCAAGCAUUUUUAAUACUUUUAGAUCAAACAAAUGAAUUUUCAAAGUGCUUCCUUACUAUGCUAAACUUUCGACUUAAACCACUUGUAAAAUAUUUUAUUCAACAUGGAGUAAAAGUGAAUGCAAUUCCGAGGGAUAAAACUACUCUGAAGAUUGCAAUCAAGAUCAAUUGUUAUGAUUUAUUUAAAUAUCAUGUUUUAAAUGGAGCAUGUAUUAAUGGAGAAUAUAAAAACGGUCGUUCUCCUCUUCAUAUUGCGGCAAAGUGCAAUAGUAUUAAAAUUCUACAAUCACUUAUAUCACUAGGAGCUAAUAUUAACUCAAAAGAUGAUAAUGGAAAAACAGCCCUUCAUUACGCAGUAAUACAUAACUGUAAAGAAGCGGUGGAGUUACUUAUAUCGCUCGAUGCAAAUAUUCAUCUGAAAGAUAAAGACAGGAAGCCCGCAAUUCAUUAUGCUAAAGGAAAUAAUGAAAUUGUAAAACUACUUCGAUCCCAUAAAAACGAUCGUUAUGGUUUAAGACAUCUUUCAUUUUGUAACAUAUUCUAA